AUGGAAUCCUUCAGACGCGCUGUCGGCGCUCUGGCUUCUGUUCUUGCCUUGGCUGGGCCGUCGCUGGCUGACCUGGUCCUUUACAACCAGGCCAACGAGUUUACGACACUCGCAGAGGCGUCUAAUGGAUUCGCUCACCAGACCUUCCGCUCCUCCGAUAUCGUCGCUCCUAUUCUCAACAUCAAUUCACUCAGUCGCCAUGGCCUCGAUGAAGCGCCGUACAUCUUUCUUGGAACAGUUUAUGGUCAGAUGAGGGCGGGCCCCAUGAUUCUCGAUGCUAGGGACUUUAGUCUUGUGUAUGCUGACCAGCAUUACGACAACUCUUAUUGCUCCAAUGUUCAGAUGUUCAAUGGGAGCAGGCAUCUGGUCUUUUGGGAGGGCGUCCACAAUCGAGGCCAUGCCAACGGUUACGGUCUUGUCUAUGAUGAGAACUACAACCUCGUCUUCAACGUCACUGCGCAGGGUCUAGGCGGUGCUCUCGCCGACAUGCACGAAGUUCAGCUCACGUCCGAGGGUACCAUCAUCUUUUCCGCCUAUUGGACCAUACCCUACGACUGCACCAUCAUGGGAGGACAGGCCGACGCCAUGCUCAUGGACAGCGGUUUCCAAGAGGUUGACCCCGUCACCAACAAGAUUCUGUUCCAGUGGGCUGCGUCUCAGUACUUUAGCCUCGAGGAUACGCAUGCGCGUUAUACGGAAGGAUUCGGCGUUAAGGAAGGCUCAGGAUUCGACUUUUUCCACAUCAAUUCGGUCGAGAAGACGGAGGACGGCAACUAUCUCAUUUCUAGCCGUCACACUUCGACCAUUGCACUUAUUGACGGUACAAAUGGACAUCCCAUCUGGAUUCUGGGAGGUCGUCGCAACCAGUUCAGGGACUUGAGUGGAGGUAGGGCGACCAACUUUGGCUGGCAGCACGAUGCCAGAUUCUACAAGAACCAGAGCCACAUCACCAUGUUUGACAAUCAUGGAGAGCAUACCGGCUACUGUGAUGGACCUUGCAGAUCUCGCGGUUUGCAUCUGGCGAUCAACACCACCGACAUGACGGUCCGUGUUGUACAGGAGUACUAUCACCCAUCCGGCAUCGACUCUGGAGCGAUGGGAGGCAUGCAGACACUCGAGAGUGGCAACGUAAUUGUUGGAUGGGGAUAUACUCCAAGCUUUGUCGAAUACGCACCCAACGGCACCGUCGUCAUGAGUGUCCAGCGAGGAAAACUAGGCGAGGGAUUCCAAGCCGACAUGUUUGCGUACCGCGCCCACAAGGGCAACUGGACGGGCCGCCCGUCGUGGCUCCCCAGCGCUGCCGUCGACGCCCCUCAUAGGACGACGGAGAAUGCCACGGUCUAUCUGUCGUGGAACGGUGCCACCGACAUUGCCUCGUGGGCCGUGCUUGCAUCGCCCUACGCAAACAGACUCAGCGGUUUUGACAACCUCGUUGCUCUGGCUAACAAGACGGGCUUCGAGACAGAGAUCUUCCUGGGAAACCGGACCAGUUAUCGGUACAUGGGUGCUGCAGCACUCGACAAGAACGGCGCCAUCAUGGGGUCUACGUUUGUGAUUGACAUGCAGAAUGGUCAGCCUGUGCUCAUGCCGAGCAGCAUCGCGAGCGUGUGGCCCGAGACCGAGCCCAUGAUCAGCAAUAAGUUUGGUAUCCUCAUGAUUAUGGGCUGCGUUGUGAGCAUGGGCUUGUUCCUCGGACGCUUCUUCUCGCGGAGACUGCACUGGACGACAAACUACGAGACAACAAAGUACGAGCGAAUUGAAUCUGAAGAGAGACGUAUCGAGUGA